UGAAUGCUUGGCGUUUGUUCAACAAUUGACGAUACAAUCACGGAGGGGUUACUUACUCAACAAUUACUCGUUUUCACUCUAGAUACAGAACAGUGAUUUCUGACUUUCUCACGCACAUACUCUCAUAUCCGAUCUCAUGGAAGGCUGGCUGAAACAAUCUGGAGCGACAGGUUUGGAUGACCUGGAGCUUGCCGACUUCUCGGACACUGGGCGAGGCAUCAGAACGCGGCGGCAUUUUGAAAAAGGCGAAAAGAUUCUCACCAUUACACACGACGUUCUCUGGACAGUGAAACAUGCAUAUGAUGAUCCCUUUCUUGGACCUGCCCUUCUCUCCACGCAGCCGCCCUUGUCUGUCGAUGACACUUUGGCUACUUAUCUUCUCUUUGUCCGAUCGCGCGGCUCAGGAUAUGAUGGCCCAAGAAGCCAUGUAGCAGCGAUGCCUACGAAUUAUACUUCGACCAUCUUCUUUGCAGAGGCUGAGUUAGAAGUCUGCGCGGGCAGUUCGCUCUACACUACCACGAAGCAGCUAGAUCAACAGAUCGAAGCCGAUUAUGAGGAAUUGGUAGUGCGACUAUUUGGGCGAGAUCAAGAAAUAUUCCCACGCGACAAGUUCACCAUCGAAGAUUACAAGUGGGCACUCUGCACCGUGUGGAGUCGUGCCAUGGAUUUCAAGCUGCCCAAUGGAGAUUCAAUUCGACUUUUGGCGCCUUUCGCAGACAUGUUGAACCAUUCAUCCGAGGUUGAACGGUGUCAUACCUACGAUGUAUCGUCUGGAAACCUCUAUGUUCUUGCCGGAAAAGGCUACGAACCUGGAGAUCAGGUUUUCAUAAACUACGGGCCUGUCCCGAACAAUCGCCUUUUACGACUCUACGGCUUUGUCUUGCCCGGUAAUCCCAACGACAGCUAUGAUCUCGUUCUUGCGACGCAUCCCUUGGCGCCGUUGUUUGAGCAAAAGCGCAAACUUUUGAUCUCAGCCGGGCUUAAUUCGACCUGUACUGUCUGCCUUACUCGCGCCGAUCCGCUGCCGAAUAGCGUCAUUCGAUACCUCCGUAUUCAGCGACUGGACAAACCCGAUCUUGCUGCAAUGGGUCCUCAUCCAGUAAAUGCUGCAGUUGAGAAAAUCAGCGACGAAAACGAAGUAGAAAUCCUGCAGUUUCUGGUAGACUCAAUCUCUAGUCUUCUCGAUAGCUUUGGGACUCCAAUGGGAAAGCUUGAAGAGCAACUCGCGGAGGGAUUCUUUACUCCAGGUGGGAACGCAUGGUCUGCAGCGCAUGUCAGCUUGGGUGAACAGCGGGUGUUGCAAUUGGCGAAAAAGGCGGCAGAGGAUUUGUUGGCAGCAGUAGGGAGCGGAAGUGGAAAUAAGGCUCAAUGUGCAAAGUGCCAAAAGGUUCCUGCUCAGUUGAUGUGGUGCGGAAGGUGCAACGGAGCUGCAUACUGCGGGCGAGCUUGCCAGGUCGCGCAUUUCAAGGAGCACAAGGCAAUCUGCGAGAGGAAUUAAGGGAAACUUUCAGUCAGCCCAGGAUGCCCUCGCUGAUGAAUCCCGUCCCCAUCAAUCAAUUCAGUCGAAAACGAUUCCAAGCCGAACCCCUCGCAGGUGUCCGAGAGAAGAAUUGCCGAAACUUACACUCAAAAGCCUGUCGUAGAUUGAAGUACACUUUCUACUAAUAGUAGUCUUACCUUAAAUUGCAAUAAACUCUCAUAGAAGACAUUACUAGGCUGCUACAACCUCACAGCCUCCAAAAUAGCAAACGUCGGCCUCUCAAGCCAUCUC